CAGAGGGUUUGCCGCGGCGCGCGCUUCACGCGCAGGAGCGGCUGUACUCAGCGCGCGGUUGGGCAGAGCGGACGUAUCAAGGCGGCCCGCAGAUCCACGGAGGAAGACACCUUUUUGUUUACCUUUUAACAGAUUGAAGGAGUCAUGCUUAACACAUCGGCAGAUCCGAAGAGGGCGGUGUUGGCCAUGGACAGAGGGAAUGCCACGUGUUCGGAGUAAAGAGGAACAGAGCAGAGGGGUGGAGGCGGCGAUACCGGGCGGAGCGAGGAGGAGAGACGCGGCGCACCAUGGGGAAGUCCAACAGCAAGCUGAAGCCGGAGGUGGUGGAGGAGCUGACCAGGAAGACCUACUUUACAGAGAAAGAAGUUCAGCAGUGGUAUAAAGGAUUUAUUAAGGAUUGUCCAAGUGGACAACUCGAUGCUGUCGGCUUCCAGAAGAUUUACAAGCAGUUCUUUCCGUUCGGGGAUCCCACCAAGUUCGCCUCCUUUGUGUUCAACGUCUUUGAUGAGAACAAGGUUAGUAAAUGGAUUGCUGGCUAGAGAUGGGCCUUUAAACUGUACGACCUGGAUAACGACGGCUACAUCACCCGCGACGAGAUGCUGAACAUCGUGGAUGCCAUUUAUCAGAUGGUGGGAAACACAGUGGAGCUGCCAGAGGAGGAGAACACGCCAGAGAAGAGAGUGGACCGCAUCUUUGCCAUGAUGGACAAGAACGCAGACGGCAAGCUGACUCUGCAGGAGUUCCAGGAGGGCUCCAAGGCGGACCCGUCUAUUGUCCAGGCUCUGUCGCUCUACGACGGCCUCGUGUAGGGCAUGUGAGAUGGGUCCAGAAAUCAGUGUCUGUGUUGCAAAAGCCAAUCCGGGCCCCAUCACAUCAUCAGAGAUCUCCCUCGUUUGUGUUCCCCUGGAAGUGCAUCAUGGGAUAUCGGGCUUCUUUGGGGGUCCUCCAGUAUGGAAUUUGUGUCUGUUACCACAUUUGUACCUAACAAAAACGGAUUGUAAAAACGACUCUUGUCUUCGGAAUAUUUACAUUACACAGUGUGCCAACCAGUGAACGUGAAGCAGUGCGAGCAAAGCAGUGCACGUGAAGCAGUGCACGUGGGACACGUUUACAGACACAGUGUUGUGCUCGUCUGCGCACCAGUCCUAGUUUGUUGUACCAGGGACACCCCCAGAGCGACUUGCCUCAUGAGAGACAUGGUCAUACACUGUGUAUGUGUGUGUGUGUGUGUGUGUGUGUGUGUGUGUGAGUGUGUGUGUGUGUGUGUGUAUGUGUGUGUUUGAUGAAGAUGCAUGUGAAUCUGAUCCGAAGACCUGUGCUGUGGUGACUUCAUAGUCUGUGGGAGAGACGGCAAAGCUGGAAGCGAGGGAGCGAGGGAAUGUGGACUUUUGUAAAUGGAUGUCAUGUCGCAGAAGAGUAGGCCUAUAUUAUAUUGUAUUAUGUAAAUAUGACUGUGAUAUUUAAGACAAUUAUAAUUCCUGCUCGUAAAUGUUUUAUUUGCAUCAAGUGGGUUCAAUGGAACAUUGGAUUUAUUAUUAUUAUUAUUAUUAUUAUUAUUAUUAACAUGAUCACCCCCCAAACAUGCACUUAUUUUCCCUUGGGAAAAAUGGCCUCCCCCUUCUGAUUCAGAGGGGUCUAAGGUUAAGGAGGUGCCACAGUUUUGUUUUCCUUCUGCUGUUUCGUUGUGGUGUCGGUUUGACGAGGUUGGGGACCGCGGCGGCCCCCCAUUGUUCCAUGGUGUCUCUCUACCACUUCCGUUAACUGACGUCUUAUAGCGCCUAUGGGGUUACGCGGCCCACAUCCUGAACGACCAGCGCUGCUGACACUCAUUACAGCUGAAGCCCCGGCUCAGGCUCAUAGCCUCCAUUGUAAAACAACCACCGCAUCCCACCCUCUCUCUCUCUCUCUCCAAACACAUCAAUACUACUGGCUGUAAAAGCUUUUUUUGCGAGAGUAGUGUGGUUGCAACAGUCCUCUUUGUCCUGUGUCUUGUGUGUGUUUAUAGAAGCCACAGCAUGUGACAAUGCCUCUCUCUCCCUCCCUGUUUCUCUAUCUCAAUCUGUGCCUCCCUGACUCUCUUUCCAUCUGUGUCUCUCUCUGACUCAAUAGGUCUUUCUCUCAAUCUGUCUCCGUCUGUCUCUCUCUGUUACUGUCUAUCUCUUGCUCUGUGUCUUGCUCUGUGUUUCUCUCCCACUCUGAUUCUCUCCCUCUUCUGGGUCUGUUUCUCCCUCCCCCCUCCCUCUCUCUCUCUCUCUCUCUCUCUCUCUCUCUCUCUCUCUCUCUCUAACUCUCUCUCUCUCUUUCUCGCUCUCACUCUCUCUCUCUCUCUCGCUCUACUUGGUCCUUUAAGCCUGAGCAUCAAGUUGUUGUAUCUACUUCACUGAUUAAGCCUUAUGCAAAUGAUGAUUUACCAUGUGAUAAAUGUCAUUUACCUGUUGAUUAUUGGUGUAAGAACACAGAAUAAAUGAUGCGUUUAAGUGUGCAACUAU